AAACGGAUGUUGUCUGAAAGUCAAAUAUGGCGCUAUGCGCGUUAAGACAAGUAUGAUUAGCGCAAUAUAAUUUUCAUUAAGAUCUACAGUUUGACCGUUCGGCAUUGUAACGAUUUACCUUUUUUUAUGUGAGGAGAGAAGUGCCGUGGAAAUGGCACUUGUGGGCAGAUUAACUCGAAGUGUGCGGCUGCUGUUGGGUCAAACGCAGCGGUGCCAACAGAUUGGUGCUGUAAGUCAGUCUUUGAAAUCAGUGCGAUGUUUCAGCCAGGUAGCCGUCCAGCCCAAGCCGAUUGCUGAAGACGACGAAGCAGUGAAUCCAACCUUUGUCAACAGAAACCCACGCAACCUCGAGCAAAUGGCUCUAGCAUUAAAGGAAAGGGGAUGGAAAACAACCUGGCCCCACAGACAGUUCUACCACAGGUUGGUGUUUUCUCGUACCCAACACCAUGUGACUGCUGAAGUGUUUUCCAACAAUUCUCCACUCCCGGUGCUCUCCUGUUCGACCAAAGAAUGGGCUGUGAAGCAAGCGUUACCUACCACAAAUUGUGUGGCUGCGUGCCAGGCAGUGGGUGAAGUACUGGCCCACCGCUGUCGUCAGGCCGGCAUCACUAGGAUGGUGUAUAGGGCUAUCCCCUGGCAAUAUCGCGCUGACUCUGUCCAGUACUUCAGGAAAGCAAUGAUAGAGGGAGGAAUCAUCUUGAGUGAACCAAGAAGAAAAUACAUCGGGAACUGAAGUAUUUUAUGUUGUAUAAAACUAUUUCCUCUGUAGUCUUUCUUUUUUUUUUACAUUUUGAACUCUUGCAAGACAUCAGGUCGGUUAUGAUGCUAUUUAGCAUAUAUAUAUUGGCAGGAAGGAGAAAAUAAAACUGAGCUUUGCUUAGUCAUUAGCUGAAAUCCUUUUAUCUGUCCCUGUCCAAAGUAAAUAUGUUGAGACUGUUCUAUGUAAUGUUUGAGUGAAAUCAUUUCCUCCAGCAUUUAACUAGGAAAUAAAUAAGGUGGGGA